GGUGACGUCAGCYAGCGCCGCCAUAUUGGAAGGCCUCUGCCGCCGCCUCCGCUGGGGAGCUUGGGUUGUGUUGGGGCAGCGGCCGCUGGCAGGAAGGCGCUCAUCUCCCGCCCUGCCGACGCCGGUCCCACCCGCUUCACCCCGACCCGUCUCCCCAUGACUGCUCCCGGACCAGCUGCCGACCGACGUCGCCCCAGAACAGUGAUUUAACACGGAAGCCCGGGUCGGGGGCCGCGGGGGAAGGAGGAGGAGGUGGAGGAGGAGGAGGGAGACCCGGUUGGUCCCGCGUCCCUCUCGGCCCGGCGCGGCUCCUUGGCCCGAGCCAUGACCUCGCUGACCCAACGCAGCUCGGGCUUGGUGCAGCGGCGCACCGAGGCCUCCCGUAACGCCGCCGACAAGGAGCGGGCGGCGGGCGGCGGCAGCGGCAGCGGCGAGGACGACGCUCAGAGCCGCCGCGACGAGCAGGACGACGACGACAAGGGCGACUCCAAGGAAACGCGGCUGACCCUGAUGGAGGAGGUGCUCCUGCUGGGCCUCAAGGACCGAGAGGGUUACACAUCAUUUUGGAAUGACUGUAUAUCAUCUGGAUUACGUGGCUGUAUGUUAAUUGAAUUAGCAUUGAGAGGAAGGUUACAACUAGAGGCUUGUGGAAUGAGACGUAAAAGUCUUUUAACAAGAAAGGUGAUUUGUAAGUCCGAUGCACCAACAGGGGAUGUUCUUCUGGAUGAAGCUCUAAAGCAUGUUAAGGAGACUCAACCUCCAGAAACAGUCCAGAACUGGAUUGAAUUACUUAGUGGUGAGACAUGGAAUCCAUUAAAAUUGCAUUAUCAAUUAAGAAACGUGAGGGAACGAUUAGCUAAAAACCUGGUGGAAAAGGGUGUACUGACGACAGAGAAACAGAACUUCCUACUUUUUGACAUGACGACACAUCCUCUCACCAAUAACAACAUUAAGCAGYGCCUCAUCAAGAAGGUACAAGAAGCUGUUCUUGACAAAUGGGUGAAUGACCCUCACCGCAUGGACAAGCGMUUGCUGGCUCUCAUUUACUUAGCCCAUGCCUCGGAUGUCCUGGAGAAUGCCUUUGCACCUCUUCUGGAUGAGCAGUAUGACUUAGCUACCAAGAGAGUGCGGCAGCUUCUUGACUUAGACCCYGAGGUAGAAUGUCUGAAGGCCAACACCAACGAGGUUCUGUGGGCAGUGGUGGCGGCAUUCACCAAGUAACUCUGUCGGAAUGAAAUGUUUCCUUUCUUUCAUGUAAACCAGUAGUUUUUCUUCUAUUGACUUCUGGUUUUCUGCAGUUUGUACUUUCCCACACUAUAAUUGGCUUUUGUUUUAUAAAAUGGUGGGUGGCUU